GUAUAAGGUGUCAUUGGAUAGCCUUUGAAGUCUAGUUUCAUAAUUGAGUGGCCACAAUUCGAGAGGAGAGAGCAAUCAUCCAAAAAUCGAUCUGGAACGAGCAGAGGUCUGUGAACUCGAGCUGUGAGAGUGCUGAGACUGUUUGGUCGAUAUCUUGAGUUUUACAAAUCCAAUUAAGGCGUGUGAGAUACCCACAGAAAGCUCUCAAGACGAGGAAUCCGUGAAGGUCUGGUUUGCAGGAAUCGGAGUUGUGGAAGGCUUCCAAAUCGUCCGAGAAAAACGCAACCUCGCAGGAGAGGAUUUAAUCUUCUAAAGAAUCGAGUUAGCCGGAAAACACCCGUUCUAGGGGCUGUUUUCGUAUCAACGAUUAAGGGUUGAACUAGCACUUUGAGGAGGCUGUUUAACACUCAUAUUUGAGCAAGGAAUCAGUCCCAAAUCCACCUUGACCAAAGAUUUGACCAUUGGACCAAGAAGGGAAAGUUUAAAGCUCAAUUGAGGUUGAGGCUAGAGCUUGCUUCCUGUGCUCGUUGAUCGAGUGAUUCCUUGGAGAGAAGACUUGAAAUGGAACGUGGUGGCAGGAUUACUAGGAAAAACCCGACGGGCCGUGUACCAGUGGAGACUGGACAGGGCAGUCGAAGGACCUCUAGAGCAUCUAGAGGAGCUGGCCGUGGAGGCCGAUCACAGACCGUGAGUGACGGUCAUGUUGACACAGAAAGUGAAACCUACUGGUCCUAUGAGGACUCGACUUACCAACCGGAGACCGAGCCGGUUGAGACCCCUUACGAAGGGGAUGACGAUGAUAUAAGUGAUGAAGAAGGGGAGAAUGACUCCCUAGUCAGAAUUGAGGCACUGCUCCAACAAUACCAGCGGGAGCGCGAGGAAAGGAGGGAACGCCGAAGGCACCGAGGAGGGCGAACUUCGGGUGGGGCUUCAAGAGGAAGAAGCCAUGGCGACUCUAGGGCCCACAUUGAACCACAUGGGGGCCGGGGUGAUGGGGGUCCGAUCAUAAGGAUCUCCAAAUACCUCAAGGAGGCACGAGACUUGGGGUGCAAACCCUUCAAUGGAGCGGGUGACAUCUCGAUCGCCGCGGAAUGGAUCAAGAGGUUGAACGAAGCAGCCCUUGAUAUGCAACUCACCCCCGAGUUUAAGCUAAGGGUGGCGGUGAGGUUGCUUGAAGGGAUGGCAUCCACAUGGUGGGACGGAGCCAAGGGAAAGUAUGGCAAUACCGUGACUUGGGAGGAUUUCCGACAGGAGUUCUUUGCCCAAUACUAUUCAGAUUUUGAGGUGAACAAUAAGAGGAGAGAGUAUACCCUCCUAACCCAAGGUGGCACGAUGACGGUGAGGCAACUUGAACACAAAUUCAGGGAACUCGCGGAAUUCAUACCGGAGUACAUAUGUGAUGAAAACCGUAUGGUGAAUCAUUUCUGGGAUGCCUUGGACCUUGACAUACGCGAGAGGGCAACACAAUUGCCUAAUAUGACGUUUAGUCAAGUGGUCGAACAAGGCCUGAAGGGGGAGAAGGAGUGGGAGGAAAGAAAACGAAGGAACGCCGAGGAGGCGAAAAAGAGAAAGUGGGAGAGUCAUGGCUCCCAAGGUUCCAACAAGAAGGGGAACCAUGGAGGAGGAUCUUUCCGGGCACCGCCGCCACCGUCUAGGGGGAACCAAGGCCCGAGUGGGCAAGGCUCGAGGUCACAAACCUCGGUGAUAACUCGUUGCAACAAUUGCAAGAAGAAUCACUCCGGUAAGUGUCGCGACCCCCCUAGAUGUUUCCAAUGUGGGGAUGCCGGACACUUGAAGGCGCAUUGCCCCCAGUUGGGUGGGGCAAGGACAUCGGGACCAAGUAGCGGGGCUGCGGGAAGUAGAAACCAAGCCGGGGGUUCCCAAGUAACCAGGGGGCAAGGGGGAGCAAGCGCGAGUAACGCGCCGUCCGUGAAUCAAGGAAGGACGCAAGCUAGAGUCUACGCAAUGACCGAGGCUGAUGCUCGGGCUAAUCCCGACUCCGUCGCAGGUAAUACACUUAUUCGGGUCAUUUCUAGGCUUAUUUUGAUCAUAUACGUCGUUGGGAUUGAGUACGGGCCACCCCGGGGUCAAACUGGGUGAGUCAGGCCGAAUCGGGCUGGAAACAGCCACUGCUGGCCAGGCACGCCCGCAGGCACGCCGUGCCUGGCAUCGUGCCUGGAAGGCAGUGGCACCCGAAGGAAAGAAAAAAAAAAAAAAUUUUGGGCCAGGCACGCCGUGCCUGGCGUCGUGCCUGGAAGGCAGUGGCGUCCGAAGUAUUUUUUGGCCAGGCACGGCCGUAGGCACGCCGUGCCUGGCAUCGUGCCUGGCCGGCAGUGGCACGCAGGGUAAGUUCGUUGCACGCACGGUCGUGCGUGCCACCCAGGCACGCCGUGCGUGGGCCCCAGAACCCGAAAAUCGAAUUUUUUCGCUCCGUUCUUUUACGUUUGGACCCCCGAUUGAUUCCAAACCUUAGUAUUUACUUAAUAACCUCCUAAGGUGUGCAAAAACAUUAGAAAAUGUAUCUCACAUGGUGUAUAAAUGUAGGAACAUUAAAGAUUAAUGGGAGAUGUGCGAGAAUCCUCAUCGAUACUGGGGCGCAACGAUCAUUUGUGAGUGAGGCAUUCGCCGGGGGAUUCAACGUACCCCUGAUACCGAUGGCUCAAGCCCUAUUGGUAUCCACACCCCUAGGGGAAGACAUCGAGAGAGAUAGCCACUAUCCAUCGUGUGAGGUGGAAGUGGAGGGUCAAAACUUGUCGUGUGAUUUCGUGCCGCUGAGUAUGAUUGAGUUCGAUGCAAUCCUGGGUAUGGAUUGGCUUGAGAAGCAUCAUGCUAGGGUCGAUUGUUACACGAAAGUACUUGAACUCGAAGGCAAUGAAGGGGUAACCUUACGCUUCAAGGGGGAUAGGGCAAAAUCCAAUAGUUGCAUCAUAUCCGCUGUGAGGGCUAAGAAUAUGAUGAGGAAGGGGUGUCAUGCAUAUCUAGCAUAUGUAGUGGACAAAACCAAAGAAGAGACGAGUAUUGAUGAUGUUAGGGUAGUAUGCAAGUAUCCGGACGUCUUUCCUAAAGACUUACCGGGACUUCCACCCGAUAGGGAGAUUGAGUUCGUGAUCGAGGUCGAGCCCGGCACCAAACCAAUCUCCAUACCGCCAUACCGUAUGGCACCCGCUGAACUUAACGAGUUAAAAACCCAAUUGCAAGAGCUUUUGGAUAACGGUUUCAUCAGACCAAGCCACUCCCCAUGGGGAGCACCGGUCCUUUUUGUGAAAAAGAAGGAUGGAACACUUCGAAUGUGCAUUGACUAUCGUCAACUGAACAAGGUCACAAUCAAGAAUAGGUAUCCCUUGCCUAGGAUUGAUGACUUGUUUGAUCAACUACGAGGAGCAACCGUGUUUUCAAAGAUUGACUUGAGGUCGGGGUACCAUCAAUUGAAGAUUAAGGAGGAUGACAUACCGAAGAGUGCUUUCCGCACGAGGUAUGGGCAUUUUGAGUUCCUUGUUAUGUCGUUUGGGUUAACAAACGCCCCGGCGGCAUUCAUGGACUUAAUGAACCGAGUAUUUCACAAAUACUUGGACCGAUUCGUGAUUGUGUUCAUUGAUGACAUCUUGAUCUACUCAAAGAGUGAGGGAGAGCAUGAGGAGCACUUGAUACUUGUUCUUGAGACACUACGGGAGAAGCAACUCUAUGCCAAAUUUUCUAAAUGUGAAUUUUGGCUUAAGGAGAUUGGCUUUCUCGGGCACGUGGUUUCGGGAUCGGGGAUUGCUGUUGAUAACAAGAAGAUAGAAGCCAUUACUGAAUGGGAGAGGCCAAAGAACGUCAAGGAAAUUCGUAGUUUCCUUGGAUUGGCAGGCUACUAUAGAAAGUUCGUGGAAAAGUUCUCUGUUUUGGCAUCGCCAUUGACGAAGCUCACUCGUAAAGGAGCUAAGUUUGUAUGGGAUGACAAAUGUGAGAAAGGGUUCAUGGAACUAAAGAAGAGAUUGACUGAGGCACCGGUACUUGCAUUACCCAAACAGGGUGUGGGGUACGAUGUCUAUAGUGACGCGAGCAUCCAAGGGUUUGGGUGUGUGCUGAUGCAGGAAGGGAGGGUAAUUGCCUAUGCUUCACGACAGUUGAAGAAGCAUGAGGUAAAUUAUCCUACCCAUGAUUUGGAGCUGGGAGCGGUGGUGUUUGCACUGAAGAUUUGGAGACAUUAUCUCUACGGAGAGACAUGUCACAUAUAUACCGAUCAUAAGAGCUUGAAAUACGUGUUUACUCAGAAAGAGCUAAACAUGAGACAGAGACGGUGGAUGGAGUUGAUAAAAGACUACCAUCUGGUGAUAGAGUAUCACCCAGGCAAGGCUAACGUGGUGGCAGAUGCUUUGAGCCGGAAAAGCUCGUCUGGGCCAUUGCUAGCUAAUUUGAGGGCAUUAAGAGCCCAACUGGAGGUAUCCAGCGAUGGUGCCUUAUUGGCACGAUUUGAGGUGAGACCUACUUUACUUGAUGAGAUCAAGAAGGGUCAGGAAACCGACGAAGAAAUUAUGAAGAUCCGGGAACGCAUGCAAGCGGGACCGGUGGAGGACUUCCGAGAAAGAGAUGACGGUCUCUUAUUAUUUCGUGACCGAGUGUGUGUACCGGCAGAUGACGAGCUCCGAAAGUCCAUCUUAGAGGAAGCUCAUUCAUCGGCUUAUGCCAUGCACCCGGGGGGCACGAAGAUGUACCGUGACCUGAAGGAGAGUUACUGGUGGUCAGGUAUGAAGAGAGAAAUAGCCGAAUAUAUCAGUCGAUGCCUUACUUGUCAACAAGUUAAGGCAGAGCAUCAGCAUCCAGCGGGCUUAUUGCAACCACUUUCCAUUCCUGAAUGGAAGUGGGAACACGUGACUAUGGAUUUUGUGGUAGGGUUGCCACGGACGAUCAGGAACUAUGAUGCAGUUUGGGUUGUUGUAGAUAGGCUCACAAAGAGUGCACACUUCUUACCUAUCAACACUACUUACCCACUCGAGAGGUUAGCCAAAUUGUACACGGAUGAGAUCGUGAGGCUACAUGGGGUUCCAGUGACCAUUGUAUCUGAUAGAGACCCACGAUUCACAUCACGUUUUUGGCCGAAAUUUCAGGAGUCUAUGGGAACGAGGCUGAAGUUCAGUACUGCUUUCCACCCACAGACGGAUGGGCAGUCUGAAAGAGUCAUACAGAUUUUAGAAGACAUGCUGAGGGCUUGUGCAUUGGAGUUCCAAGGAAGUUGGGACAACCACUUAGCACUUGUGGAGUUUGCCUAUAACAACAGUUAUCAGGCGAGCAUUGGCAUGCCUCCAUACGAGGCAUUGUAUGGGAGGAGGUGCCGUACACCGUUAUGCUGGGACGAAGUUGGCAUGGCCAAACUCGAGGGUACUGAGUUGGUUGAGGUCACCAAAUCAAAGGUGAAAUUGAUUCGAGAGAGACUCAAAGCGGCUCAGGAUAGGCAAAAGAGUUAAGCAGAUAAGCGUCGAAGAACCUUAGAGUUUAAGGUUGAUGACGAGGUAUUCUUGAAAGUUUCUCCUUGGAAAGGAAUCAUUCGAUUUCAAACCCGAGGGAAGCUUAACCCACGGUACAUAGGCCCAUUCAGAAUUAUAGAGAGGAUUGGGGCCGUUGCAUAUCGGCUACAGUUGACUCCUGAGUUAGAGAAGAUACAUAAUGUGUUUCAUGUAUCCAUGCUUAAGAAGUAUGUGCAUGAUCCCUCUCACGUAUUGGAGAAGCCACCUGUAGAGGUACGUGAGGAUUUGAACUACGUUGUUCAACCUAUCAAGGUCACCGAUAGAAAAGUGAAGAAACUGAGGAGCAAAGAAGUCCCAAUGGUUAAAGUCAUGUGGAAGAGCGAUCGGAUCGAGGAAGAGACAUGGGAAACAGAGACUUUGAUGAGGAAGCAGUAUGCUUUCCUAUUCGAGUAGAGCUGUGAAUUUCGGGGACGAAAUUCCUGUUAAGGGGGGGUGAACUUGUGACACCGCACCCGAACGUCCUUGAAAAUUUCAUUCUUAAAUUCAAAGUGAUGUAUUGAAUUUCCGAUUUGAAAACAAUGGAAAAACGAUUAAUAUUUUACGUAGCACAUGAUUGUAUAUUUGUAUUGUUCAAACCCGUAUUCUUUCGUAAUAUCCAUCAAGUAAAUUAUUGGGAUGAGCCUACACAUAUUGGAGAUCAAUAAUGUGAUUUAGGAAGUUGACUUGUUCUAAAUAAAUUAGGAUGAGUACAAAAAGACAUCUUUUGACAAAGAUAAAACAAUAGGACCCAUUUUCCUCAUUUUUGGAAGUAUUGGUAGAUAAUUUGAAUCCAAAAAUGAUUGGGAUCAAUUGGGAACCACUCCACAUGACAUUAGUACCUGCAAGACAAAUAAAAAUGGGUUAGGAAACUUACCUGGGCCGACCACCAUGGAGAGGAGCUGCACAAGACUUGAUAGGAAUCAAAUUUUGGGGCCACCACCACUGUUUUCGCACAAACAGGUGUGCUGUUUUGUCUCCCUUCAUUUUGAGAGUUGUACUCGUCCAAAUGAGGUGUAUAAGGUGUCAUUGGAUAGCCUUUGAAGUCUAGUUUCAUAAUUGAGUGGCCACAAUUCGAGAGGAGAGAGCAAUCAUCCAAAAAUCGAUCUGGAACGAGCAGAGGUCUGUGAACUCGAGCUGUGAGAGUGCUGAGACUGUUUGGUCGAUAUCUUGAGUUUUACAAAUCCAAUUAAGGCGUGUGAGAUACCCACAGAAAGCUCUCAAGACGAGGAAUCCGUGAAGGUCUGGUUUGCAGGAAUCGGAGUUGUGGAAGGCUUCCAAAUCGUCCGAGAAAAACGCAACCUCGCAGGAGAGGAUUUAAUCUUCUAAAGAAUCGAGUUAGCCGGAAAACACCCGUUCUAGGGGCUGUUUUCGUAUCAACGAUUAAGGGUUGAACUAGCACUUUGAGGAGGCUGUUUAACACUCAUAUUUGAGCAAGGAAUCAGUCCCAAAUCCACCUUGACCAAAGAUUUGACCAUUGGACCAAGAAGGGAAAGUUUAAAGCUCAAUUGAGGUUGAGGCUAGAGCUUGCUUCCUGUGCUCGUUGAUCGAGUGAUUCCUUGGAGAGAAGACUUGGCAGUUGAUGUGAACUCUGAACUCAUUUGCAUCCAUGACUCUGCAGAAGAUAUUGAUUGACAAGGGACAUUGCAUUUCUACGGACUCUCAUAGACUUGGGGUUAUUAUAUGGCUUAUAUGUUCCCGAUUAGUGUACCUCAGCUCCUAAUAAUUUCUUUAUUUAUGACGGGUGCUUCCUAGGAAUUCAUGUGGUCCUGGACAAGUUUAUUUUCUUGCAGGAUAUAUGGGUCAUUCAAGGUUGCAUCAAUGUAUUCAAUCCUUGGUGUCUUUUUUUAAUUAGGUAUAAGAUUGACCAUUUUUGCAGGUUUAAGUCUUUGUAAAGGCCUUGUACUCACUGUAAUAUUGUAUACCUUUUUGGGACACAAUACUCUUAUAAAGUUGGUUAUUUUAAAUAAUCGAAGUUAUUAGCAUUUUUUUUGGUAUUGGAUGUGUACCUUGAAUACAUGUUACUUUAUAUGAGUGGUGACUUUAUUUUAC